CCCGAGCGCAGCCGCGAUCCCCGGGCACGUCGGGAGCCGCAGUCUCCGGGCUGGCGGGGCCUCCCCAGGCUGCGCUUCCCGGCGGCGCCCGCGCGGGAAGGGCGGGGCAGGCGGCGGGUUGUGCGUCCGGGAGGCGGCUCCGCCUCCUGCCGCCCGGGACCGGCAGCGCCGUGGCGGGUUUGUGAUUAACCUAAAUUUCCAAAAUGAAUAAAGAUGCCCAGAUGAGAGCAACCAUUAACCAGAAGCUGAUAGAAACAGGAGAGCGAGAGCGCCUUAAAGAGUUACUGAGAGCCAAAUUAAUUGAAUGUGGCUGGAAGGAUCAGUUGAAGGCGCACUGCAAAGAUGUCAUUAAAGAAAAAGGAUUAGAGCAUGUUACUGUUGAUGAUUUGGUGGCAGAAAUCACUCCCAAAGGCAGAGCCUUGGUACCAGACAGCGUAAAGAAAGAACUCUUGCAAAGAAUAAGAACUUUCCUUGCCCAGCAUGCCAGUCUCUAACUUUGAUGUUCAUCUGGGAUGCAAUGUUUCUGUUGCUGUUUUAUGCCAGUCACGUCAGGAUUGGAAUGCAGUUUCCAUACUUAAGGAUGGAAAAUCUGGGAUUGGUUCGUUUGUUUGUUUGUUUUGUAUGAUGAGUUGAAGUUUCUCUUCACUGCAUUGAUUUCUUAAACUUCGUGUUAUUUUAAUAAAAAAUUUAGUGGA